GUCUCAGAUCUUCUUCUUCUAGCUACCCCCAUGAUGAGGGGCUGGUACUUGGAUCUUUUGGAGUGGCUAUAAAAAGAAAUCCCACCCCUAGAGCAGACCCUCCUUUACUAUUAAAGCUGUGUCCCCGGGGUGCGCCUGGAUGGCUCAGUGGGUUAAGCCUCUGCCUUGGGGUCAGGUCAUGAUCUCAGGGUCCUGGGAUUGGGCCCCACAUGAGACUUUGCAUCUGACUUUCUGCUCAGGCAGAAAGCCUCACCCCCCACCCCCGAAUCUGAGAAACGUGAGAAACGUGCGCCCCAAGGCUCAGGGGCCGCGGUGUUUAUGAAACCCUACUGAUCUGAGAGACACCCCCCUGUGAACUUGAGAUCAGGGGAAGUUUGGGCUGAUGAAGGACAGUCCCCACCCUGCACUUCUGCUGUCGUCAUCUCAUCGGGAGGGUCUGGGGCCAGGACAAGGCUCCGCCAAGACGCUGUCACCAUGGGAGAGGAUGGGACAUGUCACAGGUCACAUAGUGAGCUUGUUUGUUGACUCAAAAUAACUUCCUCUAACAACACGAUUUUAUUCCCUAAACAACAUCAAAGGAAAUGUGUAAAUCUAUCCCCUCGAGCCCAAGGCACGCACAGAGCAACGGUACACCCACACACACAGAAGAACCGCGGACUAAGCGUUCUGAAACUGGAGAACAACUUCCUCUUGCUAAGCCUUCUUGAAAUGGAAAUUUUAAGUUCCAUUGUAUUCUUUUCAUCCUUGUUAAUUCAACACGUCAGUAAUGUCGGUAGGCAUAGCUGAUGUGCCCAUGUGCCCCGAACCCACCGAAGCACUUGAAAUCUCUUUACGCAUUUGCUGCUGGUGGCAGAACGGCCAUUGCACAGAGGAGGGAAUUGAGGCCCAGAGAGGCCGAGGCCCCCGGUCUCACCCAUGGUGGACCUGGACUAUGAAUCUCAUCAUUCUGGCCCUCAAGUUCACGUUCUCGGCCCCGCACCUGGGCUGGGACGGAGGUUAGGAACCACGAUGGUCAACAUGUUCCCAUUUCAGAGACGGGAAGCUGCAGGAACAGGAUGGAGGGGGUGGUUCUGUCUGCCCUGUGGUUGGUGGCCUUGGCCUUUUUGUUGGGAAUGUGACCCUGAGCUGUCUCCCUCAGUCCACAGAAGGCGGGAGGAAUAUUUAUCUGUCUUCAAGGCUCUGCAGAGGGCAGAGAGAGGGGGCUGGUACACAGCUGGAGGCUGGGAGGAGGGUAGCGGGCUGUGUGUGGGUGCUCUCUGAGGAUGACGUCAGAGGGCCCCCUGGAGGAGUGAGUUCCAGCCAAGACCCCCAGGUCUUUGAGGUCAGACCGCAUGCAGGUCCAGCUUCCAGGAACUGGUGGCAUUGCUGCUGGGGUUGGUGACCCUGGGUCAACUCUCCACCCACCUGAGUUCUCUCCAGUUUCAUUUGCUGCCCAGUAAUUUUGGGAUGUGUGAGUCAUGGGAAGAAUACAGGACAAACACACCCUUGGAGUAGGAAAAGGCCAUUCCCAUUUUCCCCCUGCUUGUGAAGAUUUGCUGGGGCCCAGGAAGUGGCAGUGCUCAGCGUCCCGUAGGAGCUCUGGCAAGGGGGACGGACUUCCAGGAAUUCACCAGCUGUCGGACGCUGGGAGAGACCCCAGCCCUCCUGGGUCUUGGCUGCGAGUCCGGAUAGGGUUUCCAAGUGGCAUCUGGUCAAGGUGUCUGGGGCCUGGAUGGAGAACACUUCUCUCAGCUACGAGUAUGGGGACUACGACGGGGUUCCGGACCUCCCCGUGGACUGCAUGGACGGCACCUGCAUCUCUGCCUACCCACUGCGCACCGCCGUGUUUCUGCUCUACGCCGCGGUCUUCCUGGUGGGGGUGCCCGGCAACGUGAUGGUGGCCUGGGUGACCUGGAAAGAGGCCCGCCGGAGGGUCGGGGCCACCUGGUUCCUACAUGUGGCCGUGGCCGAUCUGCUCUGCUGUGCGUCUCUGCCCCUCCUGGCGGUGCCCAUAGCGCGCGGGGGCCACUGGCCGUAUGGGGCGGUGGGGUGUCGGGCGCUGCCCUCGAUCAUCCUGCUGUCCAUGUAUGCCAGCGUGCUCCUUCUGGCCGCUCUCAGCGCGGACCUCUGCCUGCUGGCCUUCAGGCCCAGCUGGGGGGCUGCGGCAGGGCGGGCACGCAGGGUGCAGGCAGCCUGCGGGGUCGCCUGGACCGUGGCCUUGCUGCUCACUGUGCCCUCGGCCAUCUACCGCCGGUUGCACCAGGAGCAUUUCCCUCACCGGCUGGAGUGCGUGGUGGACUACGGUGGCUCUGUGGUGCUGGAGAGCACGGUGACCGCCAUCCGCUUUAUUUUUGGCUUCCUGGGGCCGCUGGUGGUGGUGGCCAGCUGCCACGGUGCUCUUCUGUGCCGUGCGGCCCGACACCGUUGGCCCCUGGGCAUGGCCGUAGUGGUGGGUUUCUUUGUCUGCUGGGCCCCCUACCACCUGCUGGGGCUGGUCAUCACUGCCGCUGCCCCACACUCCAGGCUCCUGGCCCAGGCCCUGCAGGCUGAACCGCUGGUCAACGGCCUCGCUCUGGCUCACAGCUGUCUCAAUCCUGUGCUCUUCUUGUAUUUUGGGAGGACUCAACUGCGCAGAUCACUACCAGCCGCCUGUCGACGGGCCCUAAAGGAGUCACAGAGCAAGGAUGAAAAUGCCGUCGGCCAGAAAUCCACCAGCCAUGAUCUAGUCUCAGAGAUGGCAGUGUAGGCUAGAAGGAAACUGGUCUGUGUGCGACCCUUGGAUUUCGCAAGCUAGCUUCAGGCAUAGCUGGAUCCAGUGGCUCAAUGAUAUCAUUUCUUACUUUAUUCAUUCAACAAACAUUCAUUAAGCACCUACUAUGUGUAAGGCCCUGUUAUAGGCACUGAGGAAAUAGCAGUGACCAAGAGACACAAAGGGAGCUGACAUUUUACUGGAGGAAGACAGGAAAUAAGCAAAGGAGAAGAUAUGCAAUAUAACAAGUUGUGGCAAGGGCUAACCUAAAGGUAUAAAGAGGACUGAGUGGGGCAGGGAUAUAGUAAGCUAGGCAAGGCCCAUUGAGUAAGGUGAUAUUUGAGCCCAAACCUGAGGAAGGGAGGGAGGAGUCAUGCUUAAAUAUGGCAGAAAAUCAUGCCAAGCACUGGGAGCAGCAAGUACAAAGGCCCUGAGGCACAAAAUGCUCAGCAUACUUCGGAAGAGCAAAGAGGCCAAUGUGGAUGAAACAGAGGCAGCAAGAGGGAAAGUAGGGUGAGACAGAGGGAGAGAGGUAGCAGGGGGGCUGGAUUUGAAAGCCUUCCAGGCCACAGCAAGUGUUUAGAGAGCCAUGGCAGUGUUCUGAGCUGCAGUUAUCAGAUAAAAUAUACACCAAAUUAAAUUUGAGUUUCAGAUAAACAGCAAAAAAGUUGUUUGUUUGUUUGUUUUUUUAGCAUGAGUAUGUCCCAUGCAACAUUUGAGACAUCCUUAAAAAAAAAAUUAUUUGUUCGGACGUCUGGGUGGCUCAGUCAGUUAAGCCUCUGCCUUCAGCUCAGGUC